AUGGAUGGGUAUGCUGAGACGUCAGGACAAUUAAUCAAUUAUUCAAAGUCUUCUUUGUGCUUCUCAUAUAAUACACCUCUUGAUGUGCGACAUAAUGUAUAUUCUAUAUUGAGAGUGAUGGAGCAAAAAGACUUGGGAGUAUAUUUGGGUUUGCCAACGCCAAUAGGGAUUAAUAAGUGUGAGGUGUUUCAGUUUAUGAAGGAUAGAAUGUGGCAGAAACUCAACUCUUGGAAGCAGAGAUAUCUAUCUAGGGCGGGGAAAGAAGUGAUGUUAAAAACUGUUCUUCAGGCACUUCCAACAUAUGCUAUGGAUUUAUUUUUGGUGCCGCAAACAAUUUGUUAUAAAUUACAGCGACUUAUGGCUCGAUUUUGGUGGGGGAGAGAGAGCUCUCACGAACGAGGUAUGCAUUGGGUAAGUUGGGAAUGGAUGGCGAAAUCAAAGUUUGAUGGUGGGUUGGGAUUUAAGAAAUUGCAUGAGUUCAAUUUAUCUAUGUUAGGGAAGCACGCAUGGGCAAUUUUCACUAGAGAUGAUUCAUUGGUGACAAGAACUCUCAAGGCCAAGUAUUUUCCGUUUGGCUUUUUUUUAGAUUCGGAGAUUGGGAGUAAUCCAAGCUACUUGUGGAGAAGUUUGUGGAAGAGUAAAAAGUUAAUUGCGUUAGGUUCUCUCAAAAGAGUUGGACAUGGUAGAAGCAUUUGGGAGGAUCCAUGGGUGCUAUUAAAUUUGAAUGGUAAGGUUUCUACUCCUCAACAGACAGAUUCUGAUGUGUUUUUUGUUUCUGAUCUGAUUCAACAGGAAUGCUGA